AGCACCUUCGUGAAAAAUCGCUGUCAGUCUGAGCUGUAAAACAAAAUGGAUUAUGUUUGAAAGCGGUGCUUUCGAGUGAAAAAGUGAAAAAAAUUGUGCAAAAACCUUAUUAUUACUACCGCAAAAGUGUUUCAAUAUCUUCAGUUACUUGUGGGAAAGUGUUUGUCGGUAGCACUUUCUACUGAAUCGUGAAAUCUCAGAUCAAUUGCAAAGGGAAGUGAUGUCUUGGCCAAACAGUUGGCAAGUGCAACCAGGUUAUGCAGGAUACGCAACGGCAGCAGCACAGCCAGCAGUGGCUCCAGCUGCUGCUGUUGCCGCGCACCCGGCGGGUUAUUCUGCUAUGACGCCGGAGCAGUACGCCCAAUGGCAACAAUGGCAGCAGUAUCAGCAGCAAUACGCUCAGUGGCAUGCCCAGUACGGCGAGCAGUAUGCCCGUCAAAUGGGCAAACCAUUGCCGGCAGUGCCGGCUCCGAUGCCCAUUCAGCAUCUGGGCAUGCCAACCAAUGUUCCUCCACCGGUAGUGGCUAUUGCGCAACCGGUUCCGGCUCCGGUGAGUGCAGCACCCUCCAUCGCUGCCGUGGUGGCUCCGGUUCCUCCGAUUGUUGCUGUGGCCCCACCCAUUCCAACUAACGCAGCAGCUCCUCCGCCGCCACCGGAACCACAUCCAGAUAGUAUUGUUGGCGCAGCUCCAGCACCGCCCCCGCCAGCGCCUGAAGACUCUGAACAGAAUCAAAAAACAGCCGAAGAAUUAGCCUUUGACGAGCAGUUCCGCAAAUGGGAGGAGGAAUUCGACAAUUGGAAGCGGAAAAAUGCCAACCACCCUGACAAGAACGCGUACCAUGAGUACGAGAAAAAGUUUAUUGAAUGCCGCAAGAAGUUGUUGGAAAGGCGUGAACAUUUGCGCAAUAAGAGGCUAGCGGAAAUUGAGGCAGCAAAGGCGGCCGCAGCAGCUUCAGCCAGUGUCACGAGUAUUUCUUCGAAUAAUCAUCAAUAUAAUCAGCCGCCGCCACCGCCUCCUCCAGAAGAGGAUUCCGGAGUGGAAGUUGGAUUGUUUAAAAAUGCACUAAGUGGGGGUGUUGCCAGUGGCGGCGGAAUUCCCGGAUUGGAUUUUAUCAAUGAAGACGAUAAAUCAGAGAAAAUAAUUGACGAAGAGGUCAUGGAAGUUAUCAAUCUGGACGAGGAGAAUGAGGGCAAAUCGAACCAAGAACAGCAAAAAGACGCUAGCAAUAGGCCGUCGGCCAAUCCAGUAAACGCUUUGGCUUCGCUUUUGAAAGAUCCCAAAGUUAGCGCUUUGUUGAAUGUAAUAUCUGGGAACAAUAAUGGCCAAGGUGUGAAUUUAUCUAACCUUGGCAAUCAUGAACUGUUGCAGCAAAUUCAAAACGCUGCUGGAGCGGUUAUCAAUGCAAACCAAAAUGGAAAUUCUGGUCCAAACACGCCCAAUCAAAGCGCAGUAUGUGUUCCAGAGAUUAAUACACCCCUUACGGAGGAUCGCAGUCGUACUUCUUUCCAUGACGAUCGUCGUUCGGUAGUUUCAGUGGAUGACCGCAGUCACGAUUUUGACGAUUUUAAUCGAGGACAACCGCCUUUAAGACACAAUAAAGAUUCUAUUCAAGGGUCUCCUUUGAAUCGACCUAAGACAGAUGGUUUUGAUGCUAGAGUUCCUCCUCCCUUGCUGGGGAUUGACUUGAGCAGGCCACCACCACCAAUUGGAUCACAUCCUAUUCCCAGACCCUAUCGUUCGGAUCAACCAUCUCCGGCUCCGAGUAACACUUCCUCUACUUCGCGUCAACGCCAUCCUAGAUGGACUGGAGAAAACCGUGACGUUAAACGUGAGCCCGAAAAUGAACCUGAGACUUACCGGAAUGAUUUUAAUCAACGUCCAACCGUCAAAGAAGAGCCAUUCAAUGGGUCAGACUGUCCACCUCCAGACGAAAAUUGGAAGUACUAUGACGGUCAUCAAGACGAGCUGCAAAUCGAUCCGGAACUUGGCACACCAUGUGCGGUUCCCAAACCGGAAUGGAUGGAAGAAGAAGAAUACGAAGAAAUCUACGAUCGUUACGAACACAUAGACGUUUUUGAAGAACGUAAAUACAAAAUGGAACUGGCUAUCAAAGUACUAAAGGAGAAGAAAGACCGGGAGAAGAAUUCCGUUAACCAACCGGUAAGAUCCGAAAAUGACAAUGCUAAUGUCAACAACAGUGGAGGAAGCCGCUGGCAGGGAGGAAUGCCAAAGCCUCUGAAGGAGGAACCAGGUCAAAAAAGAACAAACCCAUUUGCAAAUGAUGACGAUUAUUUCCGACCGAAGCAAGUGAUUGAUUAUUCAAACGGAACGCCACAGGUGUUUGAUUAUGGUCACAGCAGCAGUGGUCCAGUGUCCAAAGACAUCGAUGAAAGAAACAAUGAUUGGAGCGUUUCCGGUCAACAUGAACCUGGCAAACCGAACAACAUCAGCAGUGGCCCUUUUAGGAACGAUGAAGAUCUACGCAUGGACCAUAGAGGCAACGAUUGGAGAAAUGCAGGCAAUCGAGGUCAACCAGACGGCAGGCAACCGUUCCGUGGAGGGCCACCACGAGGUGGAGGCGCAGACCGAGGAGGACGCUUCCCGAACGAUGACUUCCAGCAGCCACCUCCGCAACGAUUUGACUACAACCAUGCGCCCCCUUCAUUCGGAGCUGGUCUACGAACUGAACCUCCCCCAUUUAUGGAUCCGCCGCAUUAUUCGGUCAACUCCUCUAGCCGCCUAGCUGCCAUGCAUGACAAUCCCCAUCCGGACGAGAGCAAUCCCUGCUACCCGAGCAAGUUUAUCCUGAUGAACGAUAAUCGCCCGAAUCGGCCCAGUACCAAACGUGGUAAGCGGGCUUCCUCUAUUCGGAAGCAAAAGCUGAGGGAACAGCACGACCAUGAACAGAAUUCGUUCGAUGAUAACGAGAACGAUCAUGGAGAUAUCGACGAAAGACAACUGAUUCCGCAAGUAUUCGCGGUCAAUAGUGGGCCGAUUGUGGAACGGCCAAGCGAUUACGAGCUAGAUAUGAAAAGGGGAUCAGAGGAGAGUGAAGAUAAGAAUUCGCCAUUCUAUCUUCCGUCUGCUCCUAUAGUUUGCAUUGAGGAGUUGCUACUACCACCGGGAAGGUUCAAAAGACCUCCAAGAAUUUGCUUCAUUUUGCGGGGAAUCCCCGGUAGUGGCAAGUCAUACCUAGCGCGUCUGAUUAAGGAUUGUGAGGUAAAGCACGGUGGACAAGCACCUCGCGUGUUGAGCAUCGACGACUACUUCCUGGUUGAGAAAGAAGAGCGGGAACCGGAUCCGACGACAGGACGCCCCGUCCUGGUAACCAAGUCUGAAUACGAAUUUGAUUCCGAAAUGGAGGAAGAAUAUAUGAAGAAUUUGAUUAAGGCAUUUAAACGGACGAUUACGGAGCGCUUGUACAAUUUUGUUAUCGUUGACUGCGUGAACGAACGAUUGGAGUACUACAAUGAAUUCCACAAUUUUGGACGCAGCAAUGGGUUUAAGGUCUUCACUUGCACACUGCAAACUGAGCUCGAUAUGUGCAUUGAGCAGAACAUUCACCAUCGGACGGUGGAUGACAUUCGUGCGUAUGCCAAUCGCUGGGCCCUAUGUCCGAACGAUCACGUGCAGAUCAACGCAAGCAUACUGUUCAAUCCGGAGGAAACUGAGCAACCACAGCCUACCGAUAUGGAUCUGUGCACGGAGGAGGACGAUUUACCCCUCGAGGAAGGUGACCAACCAGCGCCGGAUGAGGAACAAAACGAACCAGCUCUAGAUGAUAUAGAUGACGAGGAUUCCAAUUUUGAAGAGCCAGAGCUUGGAUUUUUCUCCAGUAAAUGGGACGCCGACACGAGCGAGCAAAACCUAGCCCGCUUGGAUGGCAUCAGCAAACCGCCACGCCGUCCACCGACGAUAGAGGACUUCCUGCAGCUGGAAGGAGACGACGACCUGGACAAUACCAGACCAGGCCAGUCCUCAUCCGGAAAGAAGCGCGUUCGCUGGGCUGACAUCGAGGAGCGCAAGACACAGAACAAGAUGCGCCAGAUGGGCUUCGUGGUUGGCGUCACCGACUGGUCCCGCAUGAUGGAUCCGACUGGUGGGCGCAGGGCGCUCACCAAGACCAAGUACAUUGAACGGGUACGUCGCCAGCAGUACUGAAUAGGCCGCGGUACGCGUUUUCAAUCGGAAGCGACCGCGCACUGGCUUCUGUAGGUGAGUAGAGACAGAGGAUCAUAACAGCAUCGUUUGUGGGUUCCUUUCACUUGAAGGAUUAUUUUUGAACAACUAGCUAAUGACUAUUCUGAUCCAAGUAAGACAAACUGAAAGCAUUCACAAAUUUGCAUAAACUUUCUGGGUAUAAUAUUUCCGAUUUUAAAAUUGAGCCACAUUUAUCUCUUGCCGGGAUGAGUGUAUAAUAACUGAAAACAUCAAAUUUAGAGCAUCAUAAAAAACGCAUUAAACUAUUAUCAAUAAUCUACCCAGUAAACAAUAAACGAUUCCGCAAGUCAACAAAAUCCUAAACCUUCAACGACAUACUUCAUAUAAUAGGUAUGUCCUAAAGGUUGGUGUGAGAAAGCGAGACAAUUGAGUCAAUGUUUUCUAAUUGCCGAAUGUAGGGAAAUGAAACAAUUUAUGCUAAUUAUAACUAGUUCUAUACA